CCCGCGGCCCCGAGGCCCGCCCCUGCCGCCUUCGGCCCGCAGCGCCGUCGCCGCUCUUCUCCAGGCGGGUCCGCCGCAACCCGGGGGCUCCAGAGUCCCGGCCGGCUGCCCUUCCCGGCGCUCCAAGCCACGCCAUGCUCGUCCUCCGAAGCCGCCUGGCUGCGGCUCUGGCUGCGCGGACGCUCGCGCCUCAGGUUUGCUCAUCUUUUGCUACAGGCCCCAGACAAUAUGAUGGAACAUUCUAUGAAUUCCGUACUUAUUAUCUUAAGCCCUCAAAAAUGAAUGAGUUCCUGGAAAAUACUAAGAAAAACAUUCAUCUUCGGACAGCUCACUCUGAAUUGGUUGGAUACUGGAGUGUAGAAUUUGGAGGCAGAAUGAAUAAAGUGUUUCAUAUUUGGAAGUAUGAUAAUUUUGCUCAUCGAACUGAAGUUCGGAAAGCAUUGGCCAAAGAUAAAGAAUGGCAAGAACAAUACCUGAUUCCAAAUUUGGCUCUAAUUGAUAAACAAGAGAGUGAGAUUACUUAUCUGGUGCCAUGGAGCAAAUUAGAAGAGCCUCCAAAAGAAGGAAUCUAUGAACUAGCUACUUUUCAGAUGAAACCUGGUGGGCCAGCUCUGUGGGGUGACCCGUUUAAAAGAGCAGUUCAUACUCAUGUCAAUCGAGGCUAUACAAAACUAGUUGGAGUGUUCCAUGCAGAAUAUGGAGUGCUCAACAGAGUUCAUGUUCUUUGGUGGAAUGAGAGUGCAGACAGUCGUGCAGCUGGGAGACAUCAGUCUCAUGAGGAUCCCAGGGUUGUGGCAGCCGUUCGAGAAAGUGUUCACUUCCUCGAGUCUCAGCAGAAUAUGCUUCUGAUUCCUACAUCAUUUUCACCUUUGAAAUAGUUUUCCACUGAAAUACAAAGCAUUACAUUAACUGCUCUAAGACAUGUCUGCUAAGCAGGUGCUUACAUUCUCCCAAGAGAUCUUCAUUUUUAUUUGAAGGAGGUGGUAAGUUAAUUUGCUAUGUCCUUUGCAUUUUAAAAUGCUACCUCUGUCCAUUGUCACGACUUGUGGAAAUAGUUCUGUUCAUUUUCCCUUUUGCAUUUCAAUACCUAUCGUGCAUUAAAAAUUGUCAUUCCUACAAGAUCCGAUUUUUCUUUUUUCAAAAGAUCUCUUAUUCUCCAUUUUGAUAACCCUCUGCUUUUUUAGCAUUUCCUUAUGUUGAAAUUAUGUUACAUUUCCAUGCUUAUAUUUUAAAAUUAUUUAUAUAUUGUCAACCUUUUCAUGUCUAUUUUUCUGAAAUUUUAAAAGUUUUUGUCCAGUAAAGUUUAUUUUGUAAUACCAAAUUGGAUUCAUAAAAAUAUUAAACAUGUUUUUUAUGGAAAAGUACAAUAUCAUCUGUAUCAUCUCUAUUAAUUAUAGUUUUUACAUUAAUAAUUACUUAUUAUAUGGAAAAUAAUGUUAUUAGGUCCUCAUAUUAAAAACUGUUGAAGACUCAUUGUUUCAUAUGCCAAAAUGUCUUCAAUUACAAUUUAUUUUACCAAGUUUAACUUCACUUUGGAUUACUAUUCAACAAAGAUACUUGGGAUAAUCUAUCUGUGAUAAUGAGAUAUUUAUGGUUAUGGAAAUGUUUGCCCUAAUAAAAGCCUACAGAUACAUUC